GUUUGGAUCGCUACAGUUCGAUCGCUUGUCUUGUUCUGUGAACAUCAUCAACUCAUCCCAUCUUUCCCCUAGCAAUGGCUUUCAAGUUUCUGACAUUCUGCGCCUUGGUGGCCGUUGCCCGUGCUGGAGUUAUCUCUUCGCCAGCUCUGGUUUCUGCCCCUCUGACUUAUGCUGCUCCCUUGACCAAAACCUUGGUGGCUGCUCCAGUGGCCAAGGCCGUCGUUGCUGACGAGUAUGACCCCAACCCACAAUACUCCUACUCAUACGGAAUCUCCGAUGCCCUGACCGGUGACCAGAAGUCCCAGCAGGAAUCCCGCAACGGAGACGCCGUCCAGGGAUCUUACUCCUUGGUCGAUCCAGAUGGCACCAAGCGUACUGUCGAAUACACUGCUGAUCCGAUCCACGGAUUCAACGCCGUUGUCCACCGGGAACCUCUGGCCGCCAAGGCUGUUGUUGCUGCUCCAGUCAUUGCCGCCAAGACCGUCAUUGCUCAGCCUGCCAUCGCCAAGACUGUCAUCGCCCAACCGGCUCUGACUAAGACUCUGAUUGCCCAACCAGCUCUCUACCACUAAAUUUAAUCCCAAAAGACUGAUUUUCAAUACGUUUUUGUUUUCCGUGAAUGCCUAAUUUAUUGACUAUUUUUAUGAACGAAUAAAUUGUAGAUGCAAGAAAAUGUAUAAAUCUUUCUCAAUUUCAAA